AUGUUGACCGAUCUUCACCAUGCCAAUGCCUACUCGUUUAUUGAUCCUAAUUCCUGUUGUCUCGACUGUAGGGCAGAUCAGCUGGUACUUUUGUCCUCUGGUUCUUCUGGUCGCAACGUAUCCUCUCUCUGCACCCUUCAAUCUCCAUCUCUUGUCAAUGAGCCUGUCUUUUCUAAUGAUGAUGAUCAUAAUGAGGUUGCCCUUGGUUCAUCUUCUCUACCGGCUCACGAGUCGACCAAUGAUUUUUCCGCUGCUCCUGUUCUCGGUGCUCCACACUGUGUGUCAUCAAUCUAUUUAGAAGCGAUCUUCUUCUGGAUUACGCGUCGUUCGGCCUCUUCCCCUCUCGGAACCAUUUCUUUACUGCUACGCCGCUUGACUCGUGUGCUUAUUCUCUUCCCAAUAGGUCUGGUCGGUCGACUCUUCUUGCCUAUACUACGCUUACUCAAUCGACGCCGACAGUCACAUCAUUGUCUUAUUGCCAAUGGUCCACCUGAUUCGAAUGUCCACCUUGCCGAUGUUCUCACUGCUUCGCUAACUGCAGGGACUCGGACUCCCGCGACAGCUAGCCUAGUACGGCGGGCCUCUUCACCGGGUCUGAGACCUUCAAGAGAGAAUCUUAAUCGCCAGCAGGUCUCUGACGCUGAACAGACCAAUAUUUCUUGGAGAGGACAUCGUAGAAUGGCUUCAGGUUAG